ACCAGAAAGCCUUGCGCGCUUCUUGUACGUAAUGUCCACCGGUCUUCCUGUGCCCGUUCAUUAUUAUUUUCUUUUUAAAAAUGUUUGGCAAGUGGCGGAAUUUGGUGUGGAUCAUUUUGGGGUUUGUUACGUCGCUUAAUACUGUGUGAGGAGGAACAACAGGAGACGCGACCUGCCAGCAUCUGUAGCGAUUUAAUGAUACACACGUUUAAUCUGUCAACGAUUUAAUAUUGAUAUUAAAUUAAUAAAAAAAAGAUAAUAAAUAAGACCAGAUGACUGAGGUGAGUUCAUAGUCAUGGAGAGUCCACGUCUACCUACUGAGAUCAUUUCCUAUAUACUGAGUUUUCUUCAUGUAACGGAUCGAAAGGAGGCAUCACUAGUCUGUAAGAGUUGGUACGAUGCAUGCCAAGACCAUCAGAAAAACGUCACUUUCAAGUUCCCUGUUUCCACAUCUUCACUGGACUUCAUCCGUGAACUUGCGAGGCGCCCUCGCUGUGGCCUAGUCAUCAGCCGUCUUGAUGGAUCCAGCCUGUCAAGACGAGUACUUUUGGAGGUAGGGCUUCACCUCGGCCCUCGCUUGGACAGGUUGGCUCUACCUGGCAGCAGCAUCACAGAGGCCUCCUUGCUGGGCCUCCUACCCCAUCUGACCGGCCUCCGCAAGCUGGACCUUCAGGGGCUGGACAGCCUCUUUAUGUCUGGAGCCUUUCUAUCUAGAGAGGAGCACCGUCGACAGGUCCAGAACGCUUUGAGGAACCUGGAGGAACUGGACCUAUCUGAUCUGCGCUACCUCUCCGACCUCUCUUUCAACCGCCUGACGAGUUGCACGCCCAGGUUAUGCAGUCUGUCCCUGGCUGGAUGUCACAUUGCUUUCGAGUAUGACCCAUACCGAGGUUGCCCGGUCGGGUUUGGCUCUUCCGCUCUAGUUUCCCUCCGUAACCUCCUGAGUCUCUUGCAGAAGCAGGCCUCCACGCUCCAUAGCCUGGACCUGAGUCGCACCAGCAUCACUCCCGAGUCGCUCCGCUCCAUAGCUCAGGUGCCCGGCCUGCGUCUGGAGGAUCUGAGUCUACGUGGCUGUAAAGAGCUGACAGACUACUCCAUGGAAACCCUCUGCAAGCACCAGAACGGUCUGAAGAGGCUGGACCUCAGCGCGUGUACUGAGUUAACCAGCAGGACGGUGCUGGCUGUGGCCACUGAGCUGAAGGAGCUGCGGUCGCUGUCACUCUCACAGGACUGGAAGAUUACAGAUAAAGGCCUGGCCGAGCUGAUGAUGCUGCCAUGCUUGAGGAGUCUGGACCUGUCCGAGUGCCUGCAUGUCAGUGGUGCAGACCUGGUGAAGGGAUUGUCCUCUCCACAGCCCAGGGCGCAGCUGGAGACCCUGAGCCUUAGAAACUGUGCUUACAUAAGGGAUGCAGUCAUGUUCUCCCUGACGCAGCUGCUCAGCCGUAACCUGAGAGAGCUGGACCUCACGUCCUGCGUCUGCCUCACUGACCUGAGCUUUCACGCAAUCACAACGUACCUGCCUGCGCUGGUGGUGCUGCGGCUCGGCUGGUGCAAAGAGAUCUCUGAUUGGGCUCCUCUGGAUAUUGUAAAACACAAAAAAAAUUGUGAUCCAAGAGACAAAGAGGAUAAAGGCCCAAGCUUUACUAGGACGGUUGGAAACAUGGGCUUUUAACCUCCCACCCUGCCUUUCCAGGAGAAGCCACGUCUCGUGACUGAAGAGGACCUCGGGGCCUUUAGGGAUCAGGAGGGAGCAUCACUUUUGGCCCUCAGGGGUCUUCAGGAACUGGACCUGUCGGCCUGCUCCAGGUUAACUGACACCAGUAUCACACAGGUGCUGCGUUUCCCAGACCUGCAGCGACUCUCGCUUUCUAUGCUGCCUGAGAUCAGCGACGACAGCUUGGUGUCCGUAGCCCAUCACUGCCGCAGCCUCACCAGCCUGGCGCUCAACCACUGUCCCCAGAUCAGUGACCAGGGCAUGGCACGGGCCCUUCCGCUCCUCCACAGACUGCAGCAUCUGUUCCUGGCCUGCUGUGACACGAUCACUAAUGAAACUCUUUCCAUAAUCGCACUGCACUGUGAGCGACUCCGGACCCUCGAUGUGUCCAUGUGCAAAGACAUAACAGUGCACCAGGUAGACCUCCUCCAGUUUCAACUGCCUUUCCUCGAGAAAGUCCAGUGUCGCAUUGCCAAUGGCGCAGAUUUUACUAUGGUACUCUGAAUCUGUAAUAGAGUAUAUUAGUACCCAUCCUCUUUUUUUAGCAGUGUUGCUUCCAGAAGUAAUUACAUUCAUUUCUUCCAUAGAGAUUUUAAAAAAGUCUUUAAGUGUUAUAAGCCAUGAACAAAACCAUCUAAAGCAAAAAAGUAUUUGAAAAGUAGACAAAGACUUAACGGCGUCAUUGAAGGAAAGAACUACAAUUUAAUUAAAAACAGUGGCGAAAUACUAAACUGUUCUUUUAAGGUUGCCUAUUAUAUCUAUAGAAACAAUAUAUUUAAAAUUUACUGAAAAAUAUGGUUCCCUGCAGAGCUCUUUUGGUGUUAUUUGCUUUCCGUGACUCUCUUGAUUGGUGGAAUUUUCUGCACAGCAUCAUGGGUAAUGUAGGUUUUCACCACAAAUGCAGCUAUUAAAUGAUUGUUUUAAAAAUAAGUUGAAAUAAUGUAAACUUUACAAGUCAUGGUUCAAAAUCUAUUUCCUUAUGGAGAAUAUGAAUAGAGCUUUUACUUCUGGAACCCGACUGCUGCACUCCAUACAGUGAUAAUGAAUCAUAUGAAAUAUAUUUAAAGCACUUUUAACUCCGGUAUGAAAGAGUAAUCAAAUACUAAAUGCUGUAUUGUUUUUGCAUAGGACUGUAAUUGUACUAUUAAUAUGGUGAGUCACUGCUUUUGAAUGAAUCUGAGUACUGUAAACACGAUCUGCUAUUGAUUAAUAGAUAUAAAACUCUUCUUACAGGCAGUAUACAACAAUAAAUACUUUUUUUUUUUUUUUUGUCAAUUCAUUAAAUUAUUUUAUCCCACUGUAAUCUGAAUGUGCAGUCUUUAUGAGGCCACACUUUACAACUUCUGGUUUGUCAGCACCAGAUAAGAAUGAACUUUCAGGUUGCAUGUUGAUGAGUUAAUUUCAAGUUUAUGAAUGAGUUUGCAGUCUUUUAUAUAAAUGAUGUACCAAAAUGAUAGCAAUGUCUUUCUAUCGAAUUCUCCUCACGGGCUACACAUGCA